AUGUCGGCCAGCGCUGUCUACGUGCUGGACCUGAAGGGGAAGGUCCUCAUAUGUCGGAAUUACCGCGGAGAUGUGGACAUGUCAGAGGUGGAGCAUUUUAUGCCAAUCCUUAUGGAAAAGGAAGAGGAGGGGACACUGUCUCCUAUCCUAGCACACGGAGGAGUUCGUUUCAUGUGGAUCAAACAUAACAACCUCUAUCUUGUUGCAACUUCUAAGAAAAAUGCUUGUGUGUCACUGGUGUUUUCAUUUUUAUACAAAGUAGUUCAGGUUUUUUCUGAAUAUUUCAAGGAGUUGGAAGAAGAAAGCAUUAGGGAUAAUUUUGUUAUUAUUUAUGAGUUGUUAGAUGAGCUGAUGGAUUUUGGCUAUCCACAGACCACUGAUAGUAAAAUUUUACAAGAAUACAUCACUCAGGAAGGUCACAAACUUGAAACUGGAGCUCCACGUCCACCUGCCACUGUUACAAAUGCUGUGUCCUGGAGAUCAGAAGGGAUCAAAUACAGGAAGAAUGAAGUGUUCCUGGAUGUUAUAGAGUCUGUUAACCUUUUGGUCAGUGCCAACGGGAACGUGCUGCGCAGCGAGAUCGUAGGCUCCAUCAAGAUGAGAGUUUUCCUCUCGGGAAUGCCGGAGCUGCGCCUGGGCUUGAAUGACAAAGUCCUCUUUGACAACACAGGCCGUGAGUAUCUCAGGAGUGGCAAAAGCAAAUCAGUAGAGCUGGAAGAUGUCAAGUUCCACCAGUGUGUCCGUCUGUCUCGCUUCGAAAACGACAGAACCAUUUCUUUCAUCCCUCCUGAUGGAGAGUUUGAGCUCAUGUCCUAUCGGCUCAAUACCCACGUCAAACCACUGAUCUGGAUUGAGUCUGUGAUUGAAAAACAUUCCCACAGCCGCAUCGAGUACAUGAUCAAGGCCAAGAGCCAGUUCAAGCGUCGCUCGACGGCCAACAACGUGGAGAUUCACAUCCCAGUGCCGAACGAUGCCGACUCGCCCAAGUUCAAAACCACUGUGGGAAGUGUCAAGUGGGUUCCAGAGAACAGUGAAAUUGUCUGGUCCAUUAAAUCUUUCCCAGGUGGGAAAGAAUACCUGAUGAGAGCUCACUUUGGACUGCCAAGUGUGGAAGCUGAAGAUAAGGAAGGAAAACCUCCCAUUAGUGUGAAGUUUGAGAUUCCAUAUUUCACCACUUCAGGAAUCCAGGUUCGCUACUUAAAGAUCAUUGAGAAGAGCGGCUACCAGGCCCUGCCCUGGGUCCGGUACAUCACCCAGAACGGAGACUACCAGCUUCGAACACAGUAAAAACACCUCACGAGCCACCCACCAGACAACAGAACUUCAGGCCUCCAAGUUUUGUUUGCAGAAGCUUCUGUGGUACUGAGAGCUGUGAAUGUCAUUGCCAAGGGUCUGGUUUCUGCAAUCCUGGGUUGAAAGGAGAAAGAAUUGGGAAGUUUUCCUCCUUUCCAAUAAGGUGUUUUGAGCAUUUGGAACCAUUAGUAUUGAUUGUGUGAAUAUUUAUUUCCUUCUUAGAACACGCUGAUCUUGCUGCUAAAUGCUAAUGACAGUAGGGAGUAGUGGUUUACCUUGAGGAGCCAGGAGGACAAGGAUGAACCUUGGGAAUGUCUUUGUGGAUGAAUGCCUUUGUCUGUUACACUGGCAGCAUCUCUAGUGUUGGUGUUUUAGGAUCUCUUAAAGACGUUGGCAGCGUCGUGCUACAAAUUAGGGAGAUAAUAAUUGUGCAAUUAAAUGACUGCUGAAGACUUAGCUGGAUUUAGCCCAAGGUAUUUAUUUUAUUU